CCCGCAGCGGCGAUUGGCUGCGGCGCGGCGCGAGGGCCGGCCUCCGAUUGGCCGCGGCCGGCGGCGAGGCGGUUUCCGGCAGGGGGCGGGGGGAGGAGAAGCAAGAUGGCGGCGGCGAGCGGAGAGGGGCCGCAGGAGAUGAUGGAGGUCUUCUUCCCAGAUUGUUGGUUUUAGGAAGAUGUGAUGGGAGGAAAAAGUGCAUCCAAAAUCAAAGUAGAAACAAGGGUUGAUAAGCGGAUCGAAUCAGAGGAGUCGGGAGACGAAGAAGGGAAGAAGCAAGCAGCGUGCUUAGUAACAGACCUCAGCCAGCAGAGCCUGAGAGACGAGCAGAAUGGCGAGAACUCCGCAGGAGAAGCAGAGACACCAGUGGACAUGGAGACAAUUAGCCUGGAUCCAGAAGCUGAGGAUGUGGACCUGAAUCAUUUCCGAAUUGGAAAAAUUGAAGGAUUUGAGGUGCUCAAGAAAGUGAAGACUCUGUGUCUGCGUCAGAACUUGGUUAAGCGCAUUGAGAACCUGGAGCAAUUGCAGACCUUGCGGGAGCUGGAUCUCUACGACAAUCAGAUUCGGAAGAUUGAGAACUUGGAGGCUCUAACGGAACUUGAGAUCCUGGACAUCUCGUUUAAUGUUCUGCGACACAUUGAAGGACUAGAUCGGCUUACCCAACUUAAAAAACUCUUCCUUGUCAACAACAAAAUCGCCAAAAUUGAGAAUUUGAGCCACUUGCAGCUGUUACAGAUGUUAGAGUUGGGAUCCAAUCGAAUUCGGGCAAUUGAAAACAUUGACGCCUUGACUAACCUCGACAGCCUGUUCCUUGGAAAGAAUAAAAUCAGCAAGCUCCAGAACUUGGAUGCACUGACGAACCUGACUGUGCUCAGUAUACAGAGUAACCGUCUGACCAAGAUUGAGGGGCUGCAGAGCUUGGUGAAUUUGCGUGAGUUGUACCUCAGCAACAAUGGCAUCGAAGUCAUCGAGGGACUGGAGAACAAUAACAAACUCACAAUGCUGGACAUUGCAUCUAAUAGAAUCAAGAAGAUUGAAAAUAUCAGUCACCUAACGGAGCUGCAGGAGUUUUGGAUGAAUGAUAACCUUGUUGAGAGCUGGAGUGACCUGGAUGAGCUGAAAGGGGCGAAGAACUUGGAAACUGUUUAUUUGGAGCGAAACCCUUUGCAGAAGGAUCCCCAGUACCGGCGCAAAAUCAUGUUGGCCCUCCCGUCUGUCCGGCAGAUUGAUGCCACGUUUGUUCGAUUCUGAACCUCCUGCUGUCCUCUCUCCCCUGCCCUCCUUGGAGAAAUGUCCCAAUUGGGUUUUUUAUCCACUUACCACUCCCCAGGUCUUCAGUACGCUGACACUCGCAGAGCAAAUGGUCAAUAAAAAACACUGAAUACCAAUCUUGUGUACAACGCACUCAUUGUUUUUGAAAUGUUGUUAUUAUUAUUAUUAAAUCUUAACACAAGAGA